AUCCGUGUGUGUGUGUGUGUGUGUGUGUGUGUGUGUGUGUGUGUGUGUGUGUGUGUGUGUGUGUGUGUGUGUGUGUGUGUGUGUGUGUGUGUGUGUGUGUGUGUGUGUGUGUGUGUGUGUGCGUGCGUGCGUGCGUGCGUGUGUGUGUGUGUGUGUGUGUGUACAUUGGGUUUUCUGGGGAAACACAUUCGGUUUCCCAGAAAACACGUGACACGUACUGAGAAGGGCGGCGUCAUAACCGUUCAGUUCAGUUGAUUCCGCAUCUGGUCGGUCGCAGUCGCACCCUAGGAGCCUUUUUUCAACCUCCAAACUUUAUACCGUAUGGACGCAUUUUAAUCACGGAGUAGAUAACGUAAGGUAUCAGUCUACUAUGGAUGAGGAGAAAGAGGAGGGGGGUUCAGGAGAGGAGCAGGAGGGAGCCGACUCCCCUGGACCCAGCUGUGUCUCCUUGAAGAGUGAGCGGUCUAUGGAUCCUCCUGUUAGGUUCACAGAUGGAAAUCAGUCUAUUGAGAAGAGAAGAGUCCAGCAGCAGAGAGCAGACUCCCCUGGACCCAGGUGUGUCUCCAUGAAGAGUGACCGGUCUAUGGAUCCUCCUGUUAGGUUUACAGAUGGAAAUCAGUCUAUUGCGAAGAGAAGGGUCCAGCAGGAGAGAGCAGACUCCCCUGGACCCAGCUGUGUGUCCUUGAAGAGUCAGCGGUCUAUGGAUCCUCCUGUUAGGUUUACAGAUGGAAAUCAACCUAUUGAGAAGAGACACCAGAGGUCAAAGGUUACCAGUGCUCAGUCUGUACAGCAGCAUCAAACAGAGCUGAUCAAGAGGGCUGAGGAGAACGCACACGAUUUUCUAGACAAGGAGCUGAAGAAGCUCUGGAGGGAUCUCUUCCCAGAUUACCCACAAUGCUCAGAGAGUCAGAGGGAGGAGGACGAGGAGGUGGAUGGUAAGAAGGAGGAGCAGAGGAGGCGCGCCAUAGAGGGAGUGGUGGACAUCACAAAGCUCUGCCUGAUGGAGAUGAACCAGGAGGAACUGGCCGACACACUGUGGGGUGGAUCUGAUGCUGUCGAGUGCCAACAUAAAAUAAAGUCUAAUUUGAAGAAGAAGUUCAGGUGUGUGUUUGAGGGAAUCGCUAAAGCAGGACAUUCAACACCUCUGAAUGACUUCUACACAGAGAUCUUCAUCACAGAGAGAGGCAGUGGAGAGGUCAACAAGGAACAUGAGGUCAGACUGAUUGAAACAGCUUCCAGGAAACCAGCCAUGGAGGAAACACCAAUCAGAUGUGAUGACAUCUUUAAACCCUUACCUGGACAAGGUCAACCAAUCAGGACAAUAAUAACAACUGGAGUGGCCGGCAUUGGUAAAACCGUCUUAACACACAAGUUCACCCUGGACUGGGCUGAAGGCAAAACCAACCAGGACAUACACUUCACAUUUCUCCUCACUUUCAGAGAGCUGAAUUUACUGAAAGGGAAAGAGUUUAGCUUAGUGGAACUUCUUCAUCACUUCUUUAUUGAGACCAAAGAAGCAGGAAUCUGCAGAUUCGACCGGUUUCAAGUUGUCUUCAUCUUGGAUGGUCUGGAUGAGUGUCGACUGCCUCUGGACUUCCAGAGCAGCCCGAUCUGUACUGAUGUCACAAAGUCCACCUCGGUGGACGUGCUGCUGACAAACCUCAUCAGGGGCUGCCUGCUUCCCUCUGCUCGCAUCUGGAUAACCACACGCCCUGCGGCAGACAAUCAGAUCCCUGCUGAGUGUGUUGGCAUGGUGACAGAGGUGAGAGGGUUCACCGACCCACAGAAGGAUGAGUACUUCAGGAAGAGAUUCAGAGACGAGAAGCUGGCCAGCACAAUCCUCUCCCAUGUCAAGAAAUCACGAAGCCUCCACAUCAUGUGUCACAUCCCAGUCUUCUGUUGGAUCACGGCUACAGUUAUGGACGACCUCUUCAAAACAUCCCAGAUAGGAGAUGAGAUACCCAAGACCGUGACUCAGAUGUACAGCCACUUCCUGAGGGUUCAGUCCAUACAGGGGGACAGGAAGUAUCAUGGGAGAGCUGAAUCAGAUCCACAAUGGAGUUCAGAGAGCAGGGAGAUCAUUAUUUCUCUGGGAAAACUUGCUUUUAACCAGCUGGAGAAAGGCAACCUGAUCUUCUACGAGGGAGACUUGGCAGAGUGUGACAUCGAUAUCAGAGCAGCCUCAGUGUACUCAGGAGUGUUCACCCAGAUCUUUAAAGAGGAGUGUGGGCUGUACCAGGACAGCGUGUUCUGCUUUGUCCAUCUGAGCAUCCAGGAGUUUCUGGCUGCCCUUUAUGUCUUCUGGUCCUUUAUCAACACUGGGGUCAAUCUGCUCUCAGAAGAACCGCCAACCUCCGGUGAAGAUAAACUCAACCUCUUCUACCAGAGUGCUGUGGACAAGGCCUUACAGAGUGAGAAUGGACACCUGGACUUGUUCCUCCGCUUCCUCCUGGGCCUCUCUCUGGAGACCAAUCAGAUUGUCCUAAAAGGUCUUCUGGGACAGACAAGAAGUAGAUCAGGGACCAAUAAGGAAACGGUGUCUUACAUCAAGAAGAAGAUCGGUGGAUGUCUCUCUCCCGAGAGAAGCAUCAAUCUGUUCCACUGUCUGAAUGAGCUGAACGACCGUUCUCUAGUGGAGGAGAUCCAACAGUCCCUGACAUCAGGAAGCCUCUCCGCAGAAUGUCUCUCUCCUGCUCAGUGGUCAGCUCUGGCCUUCAUCUUACUGUCAUCAGAAGAGGAGCUGGACGUGUUUGACCUGAAGAAAUACUCAGCUUCAGAGGAGGGUCUUCUGAGGCUGCUGCCAGUGAUCAAAGCCUCCAAAACAUCUCUGGUGAAUGGCUGUUAUCUGUCAGAGAGAUGCUGUGGAGCUCUGGCCUCAGUUCUCAGCUCCAACUCCUCUAGUCUGAGAGAGCUGGACCUGAGUACCAAUGAUCUGCAGGAUUCAGGAGUGAAGCUGCUCUCUGCUGGACUGGGGAGUCCACACUGUACACUGGAAACGCUCAGGCUGAAUCGCUGUCAGCUGUCAGAGAGAUGCUGUGAAGCUCUGGCCUCAGUUCUCAGCUCCAACUCCUCUAGUCUGAGAGAGCUGGACCUGAGCAACAAUGAUCUGCAGGAUUCAGGACUGAAGCUGCUCUCUGCUGGACUGGGGAGUCCAUACUGUACACUGGAAACUCUCAGGCUGAAUCGCUGUCAUCUGUCAGAGAGAUGCUGUGAAGCUCUGGCCUCAGUUCUCAGCUCCAACUCCUCUAGUCUGUUUGAGCUGGACCUGAGCAACAAUGAUCUGCAGGAUUCAGGAGUGAAGCUGCUCUCUGCUGGACUGGGGAGUCCACACUGUACACUGGAAACUCUCAGCUUGUCUGGCUGCCUGGUCACACAGGAAGGCUGUGCUUCUCUGGCCUCAGCUCUGAGCUCCAACCCCUCCCAUCUGAGAGAGCUGGACCUGAGCUACAAUCACCCAGGAGACUCUGGAGCUACGCUGCUCUCUGCUGGACUGGAGGAUCCAUGCUGGAGACUGGACACUCUCAGUGUGGAGCACGGUGGAGUGUGGAGGCUGAAACCAGCUCUAAAGAAGUAUGCCUGUGAACUCACACUGGACCCAAACACAGCAAACAGACGACUCUCUCUGUCUGAGGACAACAGGAAGGUGACGGGGGUUGGAGUGGACCAGUCGUGUCCGGAUCACCCAGAGAGAUUUGCCCUCCGGCCCCAGGUGUUGGGUAGAGAGGCUCUGACUGGCCGCUGUUACUGGGAGGUAGAGAGGAAUGGACGUGCUCUGCUAGGAGUGACAUACAGAGGAAUCACAAGGAGAGGAGAGGGUGGUGACAGCUUGCUUGGAAGGAACAACAAGUCAUGGAUUCUUGUUUGUCAUGAUGAUCGUUACUUUGCCUGUUACAAUGGUAGAGGAAAAGACAUAGUUCUCACCCCCGCUGGUUCUCACAGAGUAGGAGUGUAUCUGGACCGGCCUGCUGGCUCUCUGUCCUUCUACAGAGUGUCCCCAGGUGGAGGAGGGUCCUCAGACACACUGACACACAUCCACACCUUCCAUUCCUCCUUCACCCAGGAGGACCUCCUCCCUGCGUUUGGGUUCCCUGUGCUCUCUUCAACUGUAGGUUCCUCAGUGUCUCUGUGUCAGUUAUAGCCCCUCUCCUCUUUCUCUCCCCCCCACCCCAAUCGAAGGACACACGCAUAUAUUAACACAAAUGUGCCCACACAUGAACACAUAUAAACACAAACAUGCUAUGUAAAUACUAGGGCUGGCCCGAAUUAUUUGAAUAUUCGAAUACUCGUUCGGAAAAUUAGUAUUCGAAGCUUAAAUCAGUAUUCGGAGCUUCGUUUUUUUUUUUUAACGUCAACGUACGUGACGUUACCAGAGCGAGGGAGGCAAACUAUAAGCGUCAGCGACACCAAGCAGAGAAGCGAGAGAGGUGGAGGAAGAAUAGAUAUCUUGUUUCCCUUUACUUUAUAACACAACAUUAGCGGGAUCUCUGGAGGAAAAGUAAUACUUAAAACCUUAGCUUAGUUGUUUGUUUACGUUCGCUGUACAGCGCCGCGCCAAUCAACUGUGACUGGCUUGCUGCAGAGCGUGAGCGUCUUGGGAAUGCCCGGUCAAUAUAAUGGAUAUAAUAUGGACACAUAAGACAAUCAAUGUUCGGUAUUUGUUAUGGAUUUAUUGUACAAAUUCCCUGAAAAGAUGCACGUUCCGGGAUGAAUUGAAAAGCUCCCGUAAGGGCUGAGAUGGCAGAGAACAGCUGAUUUGGAAUGGAGCAACAGCUGUUCGCUUUCACGGGGAAAAACUAAGGAACUUCAACCUACUUAGGCCUACUAAUUAACGUUCAAAAGCUAUUAAGUCUUCAACAAAAUAUGCAGAUACUGUCAAAAUCGGUUCCAGGGAGUAUAUAGGGAUUAUUAAUGUUGUUUUUGAUGGUGUUUUUUUCUGGAACGAGUAUUCGAAGCCUGAAAAAUGGCAUUCGGGCCAGCCCUAGUAAAUACCAGUGCUGUCAGUUUAACGCGUUAUUAACGGCGUUAACGCAAACCAAUUUUAAUGGCGUUAAUUUUUUUUUGCGCGGAAUUAACGCUCUUGGCUUGGCAAACGUUGUAGUUUGGCUCAGUUAGUCCCCUCUAGACAAAAUCGACCUGGUUGCGACGUGGACAGUUGUUGCAGCUGUUUUGUUGAGUGAGUGAGAGGUUUCGGGCACACAGCUCAGGCUGCCUGACGGCGCUGCAAGGAACUUUUAUAACAAUGUUGUUAUCCCGCUGUAGUCUGCCCGACAGCCCCGAAGCUUUAACGGCCCACCGGGGCUGUUUACUCUCCCGAUUACCACUCCGCCACUGUGUGUGUGUGUGUGUGUGUGUGUGUGUGUGUGUGUGCGUGUUAUUUGAUAGCCUGGUAAUGUACAUAGGCCUACGUACGGUAGGAAUAUUCAUACUUGUUUAAAUAAUAAUUGUUUUACGGUAGGCCUACCACUGUCAUGCACCCGAUGUCAAGUGGACCGGGUUGAAUUCACUGCGGGUCUCUUCUUGUAUCCAUCUCACCAAAUAUUAUUUUUUUCCUUCUCAACACUCUCUGAUCUCUCUAAUAGGCUCGCAGCACGAAAUCAAGAGAUUUUUAGAAUAGAAAGAAAUGUGGGAUUAAUCUUGAUAAAAUAUUUUAAUCGCUUGACAGCACUAAUAAAUACACAUAUGUACAGACACACAUAUUAAGACACGCGAACACACACACAUAUAAACACACGCUUGCUUGCACACA